AUUUUGGGCUGCGAAUUAAUGGCGAAAACCAAUUUGACAGGAGAUGAAACGCAGAAGAACAUCUCUUUCUUAGAUGGGUUGCAUCAACGAUCGAUUUUUUCCCCAGCAGCCAACAUUCUCCUCUCCAUCACAGCAUUUCUUGGGAAUUCUCUAAUCCUUGUUGCCCUCCGCAAAGAAACUUCCCUUCAUCCUCCGUCCAAAUUCUUGUAUCGUUGUCUUGCAACAGCUGAUCUGUUGGUUGGUCUUGUUAGCCAGCCUCUCUACGUUACCUGGUGGAUUUCCCGGACUCUAUCCACGAUUCUUUCUCGAUACGCAUCUGACGCAGCUUUCAUUACAAGCGCUGCAUUAUGUGGAGUUUCUUUGUUGACUUCGACAGCUAUAAGUGUGGAGAGACUUCUCACCUUGUUGUUGGGGCUGAGAUACAAACAAAUUGUGACUUUGAAGCGCGUAUGUGUCACUGUAACUAUCGGUUGGGUUUUUUCUUUUUCCGCUGCUUUAUGCUUCAUUUUAGAUAACCGUAUAUCUUUAUGGUAUGGGUAUACUACUAUACCAUCUUGCUUGCUUAUCUCAAUCGCCUCGUACACAAAGAUUUUUCGCACACUCGCUCAUCAUCAGGCUCAAGUACAAGAUCAAAAUCAGCAACGGCCGAGCCAAGUAAACAUACUGAACAUGGCGCGAUACAGAAAGGCAGUGUACAGUGCACUGUGGGUGCAGUCAGCAUUAGUUGUUUGUUAUUUGCCAUAUUUUAUAAAGGGAAUUGUGAUCAACCAGAGGAAAUCAUAUUCACUGCCCUUAGAUGUCCUGAAGGAAACAGCGAUUCUCCUAGUUUACUUCAAUUCCACACUAAAUCCAUUUCUUUACUGCUGGAAGAUUAGUGGAGUUAGGCAAGCGGUAAAACAAACAAUUAGACAAGCACUUUGCUGUCUAUGGAGUUAAAUAUCUCUUGGAUCACACUCAUAUUAAUACUCCCAGGCCUGACUUGUGAAGUUACGGUUAUCAUGAAUGAAAGUUCGAGGGAUAUUUUAUCGGGAUAAAGAAAUAAGAGAUUUCUUACAUCGUCGCGUAAGCUGUUGUUGGUAUUCUUUAUUUCCAUAUGGAAAGCAGCAUCGGAAUCGGAACACCA